UGAUGAAAACUGUGGCAACAUCACAACACAGUCCUUAAGGACAGAUUCUACAACAAUGUCAUCAACAAGCAUGCUUGUGUCACCAAGUACAACAUUAGAAGUCCAAAGUUCCUCCACAGUUACCCGUAUAUCCACAGAUCCAUUAACAACAAUUUCUGCUAGUACACCUCCAUCAACAUUUUCAAGCAGCAUGCCUAAAACACCAACUACGACAUCAACAAGCCAUAUUUCCUCCACAAGCAUAAGCAUAUCAACAACUACAGCAGCAACUUCCACAAUAAUUUCUGCCACGCCUUUAGUUUCUUCAACAAGCAGGUUUACACCAAAAGUUACUACACCAAAAGUCCAUAGUUCGUCUUCUGGUAAAAGCAUACCCACAACUCCAAAAAUGUCUACACCUUUACCAACAUUUUCAACUGGCAUGACUACACCACUGACUCAAACUUCUUCAGUCCAGAAUUCCUCUAAUUUUACAAGCAUGCCUACAACUCCAACAAUACAAACAUCUACAACGCCAUCAACAACGUCUCCAACAUCCACUAUGUUAAAAACAAGCACCCUUACUCUUAGCCCUGGAUGUAAUUGUCAUUGGUCAGAUUGGAAUGACUUUGGUGGCCCAACAACAGGUCUUGAUGGUGGUGAAAUAGUACCUAUUGAAAGAAUAACUGACUCCUCUUCUAGUAACUGCUCAGCUCUAAAGGACAUACAGUGCCGUGCAAAACGUUAUCCUGAAGUUCCUCUUACACAGCUUGGCCAGGUUGUGAAAUGCAAUACAAAUGAUGGAUUAGUUUGCUUGAACAAACACCAAGGCCUUAUACAGCAAUGCUAUGACUAUGAGAUUAGAACAUUGUGUUGUGAUGAAAACUGUGGCAACAUCACAACACAGUCCUUAAGGACAGAUUCUACAACAAUGUCAUCAACAAGCAUGCUUGUGUCACCAAGUACAACAUUAGAAGUCCAAAGUUCCUCCACAGUUACCCGUAUAUCCACAGAUCCAUUAACAACAAUUUCUGCUAGUACACCUUCAUCAACAUUUUCAAGCAGCAUGCCUAAAACACCAACUACGACAUCAACAAGUCAUGUUUCCUCCACAAGCAUAAGCAUAUCAACAACUACAGCAGCAACUUCCACAAUAAUUUCUGCCACGCCUUUAGUUUCUUCAACAAGCAGGUUUACACCAAAAGUUACUACACCAAAAGUCCAUAGUUCGUCUUCUGGUAAAAGCAUACCCACAACUCCAAAAAUGUCUACAUCUUUACCAACAUUUUCAACUGGCAUGACUACGCCACUGACUCAAACUUCUUCAGUCCAGAAUUCCUCUAAUAUUACAAGCAUGCCUACAUCUCCAACAAUACAAACAUCUACAACGCCAUCAACAAUGUCUCCAACAUCCACAAUAUUAAAAACAAGCACCCUUACUCUUAGCCCUGGGUGUAAUUGUCAUUGGUCAGAUUGGAAUGACUUUGGUGGCCCAACAACAGGUCUUGACGGUGGUGAAAUAGUAUCUAUUGAAAGAAUAACUGACUCCUCUUCUAGUAUCUGCUCAGCUCUAAAGGACAUACAGUGCCGUGCAAAACGUUAUCCUGAAGUUCCUCUUACACAGCUUGGCCAGGUUGUGAAAUGCAAUACAAAUGAUGGAUUAGUUUGCUUGAACAAACACCAAGGCCUUGCACAGCAAUGUUAUGACUAUGAGAUCAGAGCAUUCUGUUGUGAUGACAACUGUGGCAACAUCACAACACAGUCCUUAAGGACAGAUUCUACAACAAUGUCAUCAACAAGCAUGCUUGUGUCACCAAGUACAACAUUAGAAGUCCAAAGUUCCUCCACAGUUACCCAUAUAUCCACAGAUCCAUUAACAACAAUUUCUGCUAGUACACCUUCAUCAACAUUUUCAAGCAGCAUGCCUAAAACACCAACUACGACAUCAACAAGCCAUAUUUCCUCCACAAGCAUAAGCAUAUCAACAACUACAGCAGCAACUUCCACAAUAAUGUCUGCCACGCCUUUAGUUUCUUCAACAAGCAGGUUUACACCAAAAGUUACUACACCAAAAGUCCAUAGUUCGUCUUCUGGUAAAAGCAUAACCACAACUCCAAAAAUGUCUACACCUUUACCAACAUUUUCAACUGGCAUGACUACACCACUGACUCAAACUUCUUCAGUCCAGAAUUCCUCUAAUUUUACAAGCAUGCCUACAACUCCAACAAUACAAACAUCUACAACGCCAUCAACAACGUCUCCAACAUCCACUAUGUUAAAAACAAGCACCCUUACUCUUAGCCCUGGAUGUAAUUGUCAUUGGUCAGAUUGGAAUGACUUUGGUGGCCCAACAACAGGUCUUGAUGGUGGUGAAAUAGUACCUAUUGAAAGAAUAACUGACUCCUCUUCUAGUAUCUGCUCAGCUCUAAAGGACAUACAGUGCCGUGCAAAAAGUUAUCCUGAAGUCCCUCUUACACAGCUUGGCCAGGUUGUGAAAUGCAAUACCAAAGACGGACUAGUUUGUUUGAACAAACACCAAGGCCUUAUACUGCAAUGCUAUGACUAUGAGAUUAGAGCAUUGUGUUGUGAAAAAAACUGUGGCAACAUCACAGCACAAUCCUUAACUACAACUGCUACAACAAUAUCAUCAACAAGCAGGCGUAUAUUACCAAGUACGACAUCAAUGGGCCAAAGUUCCUCCACUGUUACAAGCACAUUCACAGAUCGAUCAACAACUAUUUCUGCUGGUACACCUUCACCAACAUUUUCAACUACUAUGCUUACACCACCCAUUAAGACACCAACAAAUAUAAUUUUCUCAAAAGUUACAAACAUAUCAACAACUACAGCAACAAUGUCAACAAUAUUUUCUGCUAUACCUUCAAUUUCUUCAACAAGCAGGUUGACACAACGAGCUACAACACCAACUUUCCAAAGUUCCCCUACUGGUAAAAGCAUAUCCACAACUCCAACAGCAAUGCCUACUGGUAAACCUUCCCAAUUGUUUUCAACUGGUAUGUCUACACAAUCAACUAAAACACCAACAGUGCAAAAUUCCUCCAAUACUACAAGCAUGACAGCACAAUCUUUAUCUACAACAUCCACAAGAAUGUCAUCAACAAGCUUGAAUAUAUCACCAACCACAACAUCAACAGUGCGUAGUUCCCCCACCAUUACAAGGACACCUACAAAUCCAUCAACAACAGUUUUUGCUGGAACACCUUUACCAACUUUUUCAACCAACACACCUACAAAACCAACUAUGACAUCAUUAAGCCUAAUUUCCUCGACAAAUAUAAGCAUAUCAACAACUACUGCAACAACUUCAAGAGUCUUUUCUGCUACUCCUUCAGUUUCUACAACAAGCAAGUUUACACAACAAGCAACAACAAUAAUAGUUCAGAGUUCCCCCACUGGUAAAAGUAUACCCACAGCUCCGACAACAUUGUCUACACGUACACUUUCAGCAGCAUUUUCAUCUGGCAAGACUACACCACUGCUGGAAACAUCUUCAGUCCAGAAUUCCUCCAAUAUUACAAGCAUAUCUAAAAUUCCAGCAACACAAACAUCUACAACUCCAUUACCAACUUCUCCAACAUCCACAACAUUGAAAACAAGCACCCUUACUCUUAGCCCUGGAUGUAAUUGCCACUGGUCAGAUUGGAAUGACUUUGGUGGCCCAACAACAGGUAUUGAUGGUGGUGAAAUAGUAUCUAUUGAAAGAAUAACUGACACCUCUGCUACCAUCUGCUCAGCACUGAGGGAAGUACAAUGCCGUGCAAAACGUUAUCCUGGUGUUUCUCUUUCACAGCUUGGCCAGGUUGUGAAAUGCAAUACCAAAGAUGGACUACUUUGCUUGAACAAACACCAAGGCCUUAUACAGCAAUGCUAUGACUAUGAGAUUAGAGCAUUGUGUUGUGAUAAAAACUGUGGCAACAUCACAACACAAUCCUUAACUACAACUGCUACAACAAUAUUAUCAUCAAGUAUGCAUAUGCCACCAAGUACAACAUCAACGGGCCAAAGUUUCUCAACUGUUACAAGCAUAUACACAGAUCCAUCAACAACAAUUUCUGCUGGUAAACCGUCACCAACCUUUUCAACAAGUAUGCUGACACCACCAACUCCAACAGCAAUUUCUACUGGUACACCUUCCCAAUUGUUUUCAACUGGCUUGACUACACCACCGACUAAAAUAGCAACAGUCCAGAAUUCCUCUAAAACUACAAGCAUGAUAACACAAUCCUUAAGUACAACAGCUACAAGGAUGUCAUCAACAAGUCUUGAUAUAGCACCAACUUUAACAUCAACAGUGCAUAGUUCCUCCAUUGUUACAAGUAUAUCUUCAAAUCCAUCAACAACAAUUUCUUCUGGUGCAAUUUCAUCAACUUUAUCAGCCAGCAUGCAUACACUGCCAACUACGACAUCAGUACACCCUGUUUCCCCCACAAGUACAAGCAUAGCAACAAGUACAGCAACAACUUCAACAAAGAUUUCUGCUUCAACUUCCAUUUCUUCAACAAGCAGGUUGACACAAAAAGUUACAACACCAACAGUCAAGAGUUCCCCCACUGGCAAAAACAUAUCCACAACUUCAACAGCAAUUUCUACUGUUACAUCUUCAACUUUUUCAACUAGUAUGCCAACACCAUCAACUAAGACACCAACAAAUCUUAUUUCCUCAAAAAGUACAAGCACAUCAACAACUACAGCAACAACUUCAGCAAUGUUUUUUUCUAUAAGUUCAAUUUCAUCAUCAAGCAGGAUCACACAACAAGGUACAACACUAAAAGUCCACAGCUCUCCCACUGGUAAAAGCAUAUCCACAACUCCAACAACAGUCUCUGAACGUACACCUUCACCAUCAUUUUUACCUGGCAUACCUACUAGUCCUCCAACCAUGAAAUCAACAGGCCUCAUUUCCUCCUCAAGUACAAGCAUAUCAACAAGUAUAGUAACAACUUCAACAAAGUUGUCUGCUACAGCUUCAAUUUCUGCAACAAACAAGGUUACACAACAAGUUACAAUACCAAGAGUCCAGAGUACCCCCACUGGUAAAAGCAUAUCCACAACUCCAACAGCAAUCUCUACUGGUACACCUUCCCAAUGGUUUUCAACUGGCAGGACUACACCACAGACUAAAACACCAACAGUCCAUAAUUCCUCCAAUACUACAAGCAUGACAACACAAUCAUUAAGUACAACAGCUACAAGGAUGUCAUCAACAAGUCUUGAUAUAGCACCAACUAUAACAACAGUGCAUAGUUCCUCCAUUGUUACAAGCAUAUCUACAAAUCCAUCAACAGCAAUUUCUUCUGGUACAACUUCACCAACUUUUUCAGCCAGCACGCAUACACCACUAACUAUGACAUCAUUACACCCUAUUUCCUCCACAAGUACAAGCAUAGCAACAAGUACAGCAACAACUUCAACAAAGUUUUCCGCUACACCUUCCAUUUCUUCAACAAGCAUUUUGACUCCACAAGUUACAACACCAACAGUCCAGAGUUCCCCCACUGGUAAAAACAUAUCCACAACUUCAACAACAAUUUCUACUGCUACACCUUUAGCAGCGUUUGCAUCUGGCAUGACUACACCACUGCUUGAAACAUCUGCAGUCCAGAAUUUCUCCAAUAUUACAAGCAUAUCUAAAAUUCCAGCAACACAAACAUCUACAACUCUAUUAACAACUUCUCCAAUAUUUACAACAUUGAAAACAAGCACCUUUACUCUUAGCCCUGGAUGUAAUUGUCAUUGGUCAGAUUGGAAUGACUUUGGUGGCCCAACAACAGGUCUUGAUGGUGGUGAAAUAGUACCUAUUGAAAGAAUAACUGACACCUCUGCUACCAUCUGCUCAGCACUAAUGGAAGUACAGUGCCGUGCAAAACGUUAUCCUGGAGUUCCUCUUACACAGCUUGGCCAGGUUGUGAAAUGCAAUACCAAAGACGGACUAGUUUGUUUGAACAAACACCAAGGCCUUGUACAGCAAUGCUAUGACUAUGAGAUUAGAACAUUGUGUUGUGAUAAAAACUGUGGCAACAUCACAGCACAAUCCUUAACUACAACUGCUACAACAAUAUCAUCAACAAGCAAGCGUAUAUUACCAAGUAUGACAUCAAUGGGCCAAAGUUCCUCCACUGUUACAAGCACAUUCACAGAUCGAUCAACAACAAUUUCUGCUGGUACACCUUCACCAACGUUUUCAACUAGUAUGCUUACACCACCAACUAAGACACCAACAAAUAUAAUUUUCUCAAAAGUUACAAAUAUAUCAACAACUACAGCAACAAUGUCAACAAUAUUUUCUGCUAUACCUUCAAUUUCUUCAACAAGCAGGUUGACACAACGAGCUACAACACCAACUUUCCAAGUGUCCCCUACUGGUAAAACCAUAUCCACAACCACAACAGCAAUGCCUACUGGUAAACCUUCCCAAUUGUUUUCAACUGGUAUGUCUAAACAGUCAACUAAAACACCAACCGUGCAAAAUUCCUCCAAUACUACAAGCAUGACAGCACAAUCUUUAUCUACAACAUCCACAAGAAUGUCAUCAACAAGCUUGAAUAUAUCACCAACCACAACAUCAACAGUGCGUAGUUCCCCCACCAUUACAAGGAUAUCUACAAAUCCAUCAACAACAGUUUUUGCUGGAACACCUUUACCAACCUUUUCAACCAACACACCUACAAAAUCAACCAUGACAUCAUUAAGCCUAAUUUCCUCCACAAAUAUAAGCAUAUCAACAACUACAGCAACAACUUCAAGAGUCUUUUCUGCUACUCCUUCAGUUUCUACAACAAGCAAGUUUACACAACAAGCAACAACAAUAAUAGUUCAGAGUUCCCCCACUGGUAAAAGUAUACCCACAGCUCCGACAACAUUGUCUACACGUACACUUUCAUCAGCGUUUUCAUCUGGCAAGACUACACCACUGCUGGAAACAUCUUCAGUCCAGAAUUCCUCCAAUAUUACAAGCAUAUCUAAAAUUCCAGAAACACAAACAUCUACAACUCCAUUAACAACUUCUCCAACAUCCACAACAUUGAAAACAAGCACCCUUACUCUUAGCCCUGGAUGUAAUUGCCACUGGUCAGAUUGGAAUGACUUUGGUGGCCCAACAACAGGUAUUGAUGGUGGUGAAAUAGUAUCUAUUGAAAGAAUAACUGACACCUCUGCUACCAUCUGCUCAGCACUGAAGGAAGUACAAUGCCGUGCAAAACGUUAUCCUGGAGUUUCUCUUUCACAGCUUGGCCAGGUUGUGAAAUGCAAUACCAAAGAUGGACUAGUUUGCUUGAACAAACACCAAGGCCUUAUACAGCAAUGUUAUGACUAUGAGAUUAGAGCAUUGUGUUGUGAUAAAAACUGUGGCAACAUCACAACACAAUCCUUAACUACAACUGCUACAACAAUAUUAUCAACAAGUAUGCAUAUGCCACCAAGUACAACAUCAACUGGCCAAAGUUUCUCAACUGUUACAAGCAUAUACACAGACCCAUCGACAACAAUUUCUGCUGGUAAACCUUCACCAACCUUUUCAACAAGUAUGCUGACACCACCAACUCCAACAGCAAUUUCUACUGGUACACCUUCCCAAAUGUUUUCAACUGGCUUGACUACACCACCGACUAAAAUACCAACAGUCCAGAAUUCCUCCAAUACUACAAGCAUGACAACACAAUCAUUAAGUACAACAGCUACAAGGAUGUCAUCAACAAGUCUUGAUAUAGCACCAACUAUAACAACAACAGUGCAUAGUUCAUCCAUUGUUACAAGCAUAUCUACAAAUCCAUCAACUAAAAUUUCUUCUGGUGCAAUUUCACCAACUUUUUCAGCCAACAUGCAUACACGGCCAACUACGACAUCAUUACACCCUAUUUCCUCCACAAGUACAAGCAUAGCAACAAGUACAGCAACAACUUCAACAAAGUUUUCCGCUACACCUUCCAUUUCUUCAACAAGCAUUUUGACUCCACAAGUUACAACACCAACAGUCCAGAGUUCCCCCACUGGUAAAAACAUAUCCACAACUUCAACAACAAUUUCUACUGUUACAUCUUCAACUUUUCCAACUAGUAUGCUAACACCAUCAACUAAGACACCAACAAAUCUUAUUACCUCAAAAAGUACAAGCACAUCAACAACGACAGCAACAACUUCAGCAAUAUUUUCUUCUAUAAGUUCAAUUUCUUCAACAAGCAGGAUGACACAACAAGGUACAACACCAAAAGUCCACAGCUCUCCCACUGGUAAAAGCAUAUCCACAACUCCAACAACAGUCUCUGAACGUACACCUUCACCAUCAUUUUUACCUGGCAUACCUACUAGUCCACCAACCAUGAAAUCAACAGGCCUCAUUUCUUCCUCAAGUACAAGCAUAUCAACAAGUAUAGAAACAACUUCAACAAAGUUGUCUGCUACAGCUUCAAUUUCUGCAACAAAUAAGGUUACACAACAAGUUACAAUACCAAGAGUCCAGAGUACCCCCACUGAUAAAAGCAUAUCCACAACUCCAACAGCAAUCUCUACUGGUACACCUUUCCAAUUGUUUUCAACUGGCAUGACUAGACCACCUACUAAAAUACCAACAGUCCAUAAUUCCUCCAAUACUACAAGCAUGACAACACAAUCCUUAAGUACAACAGCUACAAGGAUGUUAUCAACAAGUCUUGAUAUAGCACCAACUAUAACAUCAACAGUGCAUAGUUCCUCCAGUGUUACAAGCAUAUCUACAAAUCCAUCAACAAAAAUUUCUUCUGGUGCAAUUUCAUCAACUUUUUCAGCCAGCAUGCAUACAUUGCCAACUACGACAUCAUUACACCCUGUUUCCUCCACAAGUACAAGCAUAGCAACAAGUACAGCAACAACUUCAACAAAGUUUUCUGCUUCAACUUCCAUUUCUUCAACAAGCAGGUUGACACAAAAAGUUACAACACCAACAGUCAAGAGUUCCCCUACUGGCAAAAACAUAUCCACAACUUCAACAGCAAUUUCUACUGUUACAUCUUCAACUUUUUCAACUAGUAUGCCAACACCAUCAACUAAGACAACAACAAAUCUUAUUUCCUCAAAAAGUACAAGCACAUCAACAACGACAGCAACAACUUCAGCAAUAUUUUCUUCUAUAAGUUCAAUUUCUUCAAUAAGCAGGUUGACACAACAAGUUACAACAGCAAAAGUCCACAGCUCUCCCACUGGUAAAAGCAUGUCCAAAACUCCAACAACAGUCUCUGAACAUACACCUUCACCAUCAUUUUUACCUGGCAUACCUACUAGUUCACCAACCAUGAAAUCAACAAGCCUUAUUUCCUCCUCAAGUACAAGCAUAUCAACAAGUAUAGAAACAACUUCAACAAAGUUGUCUGCUACAGCUUCAAUUUCUGCAACAAAUAAGGUUACACAACAAGUUACAAUACCAAGAAUCCAGAGUACCCCCACUGGUAAAAGCAUAUCCACAACUCCAACAGCAAUCUCUACUGGUACACCUUUCCAAUUGUUUUCAACUGGCAUGACUACACCACCGACUAAAAUACCAACAGUCCAUAAUUCCUCCAAUACUACAAGCAUGACAACACAAUCCUUAAGUACAACAGCUACAAGGAUGUCAUCAACAAGUCUUGAUAUAGCACCAACUAUAACAUCAACAGUGCAUAGUUCCUCCAUUGUUACAAGCAUAUCUACAAAUCCAUCAACAAAAAUUUCUUCUGGUGCAAUUUCAUCAACUUUUUCAGCCAACAUGCAUACAUUGCCAACUACGACAUCAUUACACCCUGUUUCCUCCACAAGUACAAGCAUAGCAACAAGUACAGCAACAACUUCAACAAAGUUUUCUGCUUCAACUUCCAUUUCUUCAACAAGCAGGUUGACACAAAAAGUUACAACACCAACAGUCAAGAGUUCCCCUACUGGCAAAAAAAUAUCCACAACUUCAACAGCAAUUUCUACUGUUACAUCUUCAACUUUUUCAACUAGUAUGCCAACACCAUCAACUAAGACACCAACAAAUCUUAUUUCCUCAAAAAGUACAAGCACAUCAACAACGACAGCAACAACUUCAACAAUAUUUUCUUCUAUAAGUUCAAUUUCUUCAACAAGCAGGAUGACACAACAAGGUACAACACCAAAAGUGCACAGCUCUCCAACUGGUAAAAGCAUAUCCACAACUCCAACAACAGUCUCUGAACGUUCACCUUCACCAUCAUUUUUACCUGGCAUACCUACUAGUCCACCAACCAUGACAUCAACAAGCCUCAUUUCCUCCUCAAGUACAAGCAUAUCAACAAGUAUAGAAACAACUUCAACAAAGUUGUCUGCUACAGCUUCAAUUUCUGCAACAAACAAGGUUACACAACAAGUUACAAUACCAAGAGUCCAGAGUACCCCCACUGGUAAAAGCAUAUCCACAACUCCAACAGCAAUCUCUAGUGGUACACCUUUCCAAUUGUUUUCAACUGGCAUGACUACACCACCGACUACAAUACCAACAGUCCAUAAUUCCUCCAAUACUACAAGCAUGACUACACAAUCCUUAAGUACAACAGCUACAAGGAUGUUAUCAACAAGUCUUGAUAUAGCACCAACUAUAACAUCAACAGUGCAUAGUUCCUCCAGUGUUACAAGCAUAUCUACAAAUCCAUCAACAAAAAUUUCUUCUGGUGCAAUUUCAUCAACUUUUUCAGCCAGCAUGCAUACAUUGCCAACUACGACAUCAUUACACCCUGUUUCCUCCACAAGUACAAGCAUAGCAACAAGUACAGCAACAACUUCAACAAAGUUUUCUGCUUCAACUUCCAUUUCUUCAACAAGCAGGUUGACACAAAAAGUUACAACACCAACAGUCAAGAGUUCCCCUACUGGCAAAAACAUAUCCACAACUUCAACAGCAAUUUCUACUGUUACAUCUUCAACUUUUUCAACUAGUAUGCCAACACCAUCAACUAAGACAACAACAAAUCUUAUUUCCUCAAAAAGUACAAGCACAUCAACAACGACAGCAACAACUUCAGCAAUAUUUUCUUCUAUAAGUUCAAUUUCUUCAAUAAGCAGGUUGACACAACAAGUUACAACAGCAAAAGUCCACAGCUCUCCCACUGGUAAAAGCAUGUCCAAAACUCCAACAACAGUCUCUGAACAUACACCUUCACCAUCAUUUUUACCUGGCAUACCUACUAGUUCACCAACCAUGAAAUCAACAAGCCUUAUUUCCUCCUCAAGUACAAGCAUAUCAACAAGUAUAGAAACAACUUCAACAAAGUUGUCUGCUACAGCUUCAAUUUCUGCAACAAAUAAGGUUACACAACAAGUUACAAUACCAAGAAUCCAGAGUACCCCCACUGGUAAAAGCAUAUCCACAACUCCAACAGCAAUCUCUACUGGUACACCUUUCCAAUUGUUUUCAACUGGCAUGACUACACCACCGACUAAAAUACCAACAGUCCAUAAUUCCUCCAAUACUACAAGCAUGACAACACAAUCCUUAAGUACAACAGCUACAAGGAUGUCAUCAACAAGUCUUGAUAUAGCACCAACUAUAACAUCAACAGUGCAUAGUUCCUCCAUUGUUACAAGCAUAUCUACAAAUCCAUCAACAAAAAUUUCUUCUGGUGCAAUUUCAUCAACUUUUUCAGCCAACAUGCAUACAUUGCCAACUACGACAUCAUUACACCCUGUUUCCUCCACAAGUACAAGCAUAGCAACAAGUACAGCAACAACUUCAACAAAGUUUUCUGCUUCAACUUCCAUUUCUUCAACAAGCAGGUUGACACAAAAAGUUACAACACCAACAGUCAAGAGUUCCCCUACUGGCAAAAAAAUAUCCACAACUUCAACAGCAAUUUCUACUGUUACAUCUUCAACUUUUUCAACUAGUAUGUCAACACCAUCAACUAAGACACCAACAAAUCUUAUUUCCUCAAAAAGUACAAGCACAUCAACAACGACAGCAACAACUUCAACAAUAUUUUCUUCUAUAAGUUCAAUUUCUUCAACAAGCAGGAUGACACAACAAGGUACAACACCAAAAGUGCACAGCUCUCCAACUGGUAAAAGCAUAUCCACAACUCCAACAACAGUCUUUGAACGUUCACCUUCACCAUCAUUUUUACCUGGCAUACCUACUAGUCCACCAACCAUGACAUCAACAAGCCUCAUUUCCUCCUCAAGUACAAGCAUAUCAACAAGUAUAGAAACAACUUCAACAAAGUUGUCUGCUACAGCUUCAAUUUCUGCAACAAACAAGGUUACACAACAAGUUACAAUACCAAGAGUCCAGAGUACCCCCACUGGUAAAAGCAUAUCCACAACUCCAACAGCAAUCUCUAGUGGUACACCUUUCCAAUUGUUUUCAACUGGCAUGACUACACCACCGACUACAAUACCAACAGUCCAUAAUUCCUCCAAUACUACAAGCAUGACUACACAAUCCUUAAGUACAACAGCUACAAGGAUGUCAUCAACAAGUCUUGAUAUAGCACCAACUAUAACAUCAACAGUGCAUAGUUCCUCCAUUGUUACAAGCAUAUCUACAAAUCCAUCAACAAAAAUUUCUUCUGGUGCAAUUUCAUCAACUUUUUCAGCCAGCAUGCAUACAUUACCAACUAUGACAUCAUUACACCCUGUUUCCUCCACAAGUAUAAGCAUAGCCACAAGUACAGCAACAACUUCAACAAAGUUUUCUGCUUCACCUUCCAUUUCUUCAACAAGCAGGUUGACACAUCAAGUUACAACACCAACAGUCAAGAGUUCCCCCAGUAGCAAAAACAUAUCCACAACUUCAGCAGCAAUUUCUACUGUUACAUCUUCAACUUUUUCAACUAGUAUGCCAACACCAUCAACUAAGACACCAACAAAUCUUAUUUCCUCAAAAAGUACAAGCACAUCAACAACUACAGCAACAACUUCAGCAAUAUUUUCUUCUAUAAGUUCAAUUUCUUCAAUAAGCAGGUUGACACAACAAGUUACAACAGCAAAAGUCCACAGCUCUCCCACUGGUAAAAGCAUGUCCACAACUCCAACAACAGUCUCUGAACAUACACCUUCACCAUCAUUUUUACCUGGCAUACCUACAAGUCCACCAACCAUGACAUCAACAAGCCUUAUUUCCUCCUCAAGUACAAGCAUAUCAACAAGUAUAGAAACAACUUCAACAAAGUUGUCUGCUACAGCUUCAAUUUCUGCAACAAACAAGGUUACACAACAAGUUACAAUACCAAGAGUCCAGAGUACCCCCACUGGUAAAAGCAUAUCCACAACUCCAACAGCAAUCUCUAGUGGUACACCUUUCCAAUUGUUUUCAACUGGCAUGACUACACCACCGACUACAAUACCAACAGUCCAUAAUUCCUCCAAUACUACAAGCAUGACUACACAAUCCUUAAGUACAACAGCUACAAGGAUGUCAUCAACAAGUCUUGAUAUAGCACCAACUAUAACAUCAACAGUGCAUAGUUCCUCCAUUGUUACAAGCAUAUCUACAAAUCCAUCAACAAAAAUUUCUUCUGGUGCAAUUUCAUCAACUUUUUCAGCCAGCAUGCAUACAUUGCCAACUACGACAUCAUUACACCCUGUUUCCUCCACAAGUACAAGCAUAGCAACAAGUACAGCAACAACUUCAACAAAGUUUUCUGCUUCAACUUCCAUUUCUUCAACAAGCAGGUUGACACAAAAAGUUACAACACCAACAGUCAAGAGUUCCCCUACUGGCAAAAACAUAUCCACAACUUCAACAGCAAUUUCUACUGUUACAUCUUCAAAUUUUUCAACUAGUACGCCAACAUCAUCAACUAAGACAACAACAAAUCUUAUUUCCUCAAAAAGUACAAGCACAUCAACAACGACAGCAACAACUUCAGCAAUAUUUUCUUCUAUAAGUUCAAUUUCUUCAACAAGCAGGAUGACACAACAAGGUACAACACCAAAAGUGCACAGCUCUCCAACUGGUAAAAGCAUAUCCACAACUCCAACGACAGUCUCUGAACGUACACCUUCACCAUCAUUUUUACCUGGCAUACCUACUAGUCCACCAACCAUGACAUCAACAAGCCUUAUUUCCUCCUCAAGUACAAGCAUAUCAACAAGUAUAGAAACAACUUCAACAAAGUUUUCUGCUACACCUUCAAUUUCUGCAACAAACAAGGUUACACAACAAGUCACUAUACCAAGAGUCCAGAGUACCCCCACUGGUAAAAGCAUAUCCACAACUCCAACAGCAGUUUCUACUGGUACACCUUUCCAAUUGUUUUCAACUGGCAUGACUACACCACCAACUAAAAUACCAACAGUCCAUAAUUCCUCCAAUACUACAAGCAUGACAACACAAUUCUUAAGUACAACAGCUACAAGGAUGUCAUCAAUAAGUCUUGAUAUAGCACCAACUAUAACAUCAACAGUGCAUAGUUCCUCCAUUGUUACAAGCACAUCUACAAAUCCAUCAACAACAAUUUCUUCUGGUGCAAUUUCAUCAACUUUAUCAGCCAGCAUGCAUACACUGCCAACUAUGACAUCAUUACACCCUGUGUCCUCCACAAGUACAAGCAUAGCAACAAGUACAGCAACAACUUCAACAAAGUUUUCUAUUUCUCCUUCCAUUUCUUCAACAAGCAUUUUGACACAAGAAGUUACAACACCAACAGUCCAAAGUUCCCCCACUGGUAAAAACAUAUCUACGACUUUAACAACAAUUUCUACUGGUACAUCUUCACCAACUUUUUCAACUAAUAUGCCUACACCACCAACUAAGACACCAACAAAUCUUAUUUCCUCAAAAAGUACAAGCACAUCAACAACUACAGCAACAACUUCAGCAAUGCUUUCUUCUAUAGGUUCAAUUUCUUCAACUAACAAAGUUACACAACAAGUUACAGUAUCAAGAGUCCAGAGUUCCCCCUCUGAUAAAAGCAUAUCCACAACUCCAAUCUCUACUGGUACACCUUCCCAAUUGUUUUCAACUGGCAUGACUACACCACUGACUAAAACACCAACAGUCCAGAAUUCUUACAAUACUGCAAGCAAUAUGACAAAAUCCUUAACUACAACAUCUACAAUUAUGUCAUCAAGCAGCAGUAUACUACCAACUCCAACACUAAUCAUCCAAAAUACAAGCAUAUACACAAGUCCAUCUACAAUAACUUUACCAUUUUCUUCCACAAGAACUGUUACUCAACAGGUUACAAAAACAACAGUCCAGGAUCCCCACUCUCGAAAAAGUAUAUCCACAACUCUACCAGCAAUUUCUACUUUUACACCUUCAGAAACAUUUUCAGCUGGCAUCUCCUACAAUGUAACAACCAUAUCUCUAACUCCAAUGACAACAACAUUUUCUACAUCUCCUUCAAUAACUUCUCCAACUUUCACAACAUUAAAAACAACCACCUAUACUCCUACCCCGCUAUGUAUGUGUUAUUGGUCAGACUGGAAUGACUUUGGUCACCCAACAACAGGUGUUAAUGGUGGUAAAAUAAUACCUAUUUCUACAAUUUCUACCAUCUGCUCAGUACCAAAAGAAGUGGAGUGUCGUGCUAAACUUUACCGUGGAGUUCCUCUUUCACAGCUUGGUCAGGUCGUAAAAUGUAAUGUGAAAGAUGGACUGAUCUGCUCGAACAAAAAACAAAGCCGCACACAGCAAUGCUUUGACUAUGAAAUUAGAGUAUUCUGUUGUGACAGCAAAUGUGGUAACUUCUCAACAAAAUCCCCAGGUAGCACAUCUUUACCAAAUAUGAAAAAAACAAGCGAGAGUUUCUCCCCAAGUACAAUCACAUCCAUAAUUCCAACACCAUCUUUGUCACCUAUCAUGCCUACCCUUCCAUCUACAACAACUGGCCAAAAUUUCUCCAGUGGUACUAGUAUAUACCCAACUCCAAUGUUUCUAUCAACUGCUUCAACUGCUUCAACAACUUCUCCACUGUCCAAAACAGCCACUAUUACUCCUAACCCUGGCUGCAUUUGUCAUUGGUCAGAGUGGUUGGAUUUUGGGGGCCCAACAACAGGUCCAGAAGGUGGUGAAACAGUGUCAAUCAAAAACAUUUUGGAGAGUUUUCCUACCAUCUGCUCUGCGCCAAAGGAAGUUGAAUGUCGUGCAAAAAAUUACCCCAGAUUGUCUCUUUCUCAGCUAAACCAGGUUGUGAAAUGUAAUGCCAAAGAUGGUCUUGUAUGCUUGAACAAAUACCAAGACAUUACACAUCAAUGCUUUGACUAUGAGAUUAGAGUAUUCUGCUGUGAUGGAAACUGUGGCAGUACCACAGCAUUGACACCAAAAAUACCCUUGCUUACUCCUACCCUUGGAUGCAAAUGCCAUUGGUCAGACUGGAUGGACUUCGGUAGCUUAACAACUGGUCCUGAAGGUGGAGAAAUAAUUUCCAUCAAAAGAAUAAGUGACACCUAUCCUUCCAUCUGCUCAGCACCAAAAGAAUUAGAAUGCCGUGCAAAACUUUACCCUGAACUUUCUCUUUCACAGCUUGGCCAGGUUGUGAAAUGUAAUGCCAAAGAUGGUCUUGUGUGCUUGAACAAAUACCAAGACAUUACACAUCAAUGCUUUGACUAUGAGAUUAGAGUAUUCUGCUGUGAUGGAAACUGUGGCAGUACCACAGCAUUGACACCAAAAAUACCCUUGCUUACUCCUACCCUUAGAUGCAAAUGCCAUUGGUCAGACUGGAUGGACUUCGGUAGCUUAACAACUGGUCCUGAAGGUGGAGAAAUAAUUUCCAUCAAAAGAAUAAGUGACACCUAUCCUUCCAUCUGCUCAGCACCAAAAGAAUUAGAAUGCCGUGCAAAACUUUACCCUGAACUUUCUCUUUCACAGCUUGGCCAGGUUGUGAUAUGUAAUGCAAAAGAUGGACUUGUGUGUCUUAACAAAAAUCAAGAUAAUACCCAGCAAUGCUUUGACUAUGUCAUCAGAGUAUUAUGCUGUCAUGAAAUAUGUGACAACUCCACACAGGCCCCAACAACUACUCCUAGGUUGUCAGUUUCAACAACAACAAUGACAUCAACUUCUUCAAGUACACCUUCAGCAAAUUCUACACCUUCAAAGACACUGAAACCAACCCAACUUACUCCGACCUCUCCAUGUAUUUGUCACUGGUCAAAAUGGAUGGAUUUUGGUGGCCCAACAACAGGUCCUGAAGGCGGUAAACUAAUACCAGUCAAAAUCAUCACUGACACCUAUCCAACCACUUGUUCAAAACCACAGAGAAUUGAAUGCCGUGCAAAACAUUAUCCUGGACUUCCUGUUUCAAAGCUUGGCCAGACAGUAAAUUGUAAUCUUAAAGAUGGACUUGUUUGCCUAAAUAAAAAACAAAAUAUUACCCAGCAGUGCUUUGACUAUGAGAUCAGAUUGUUGUGUUGUCAUCGAGACUGUGUUAGCACAUCUCUACCAGCAGCAUUGGCUCUAGCUUUACACAAUUCCUCUGCUAGUGUUAGCACAACCACUGUACCCACAACAAGAGCUAUGACAACAACCAUUUCAAAAACUUUUCCUUCUAAAUGUAUUUGCCAGUGGUCAAACUGGGUGGACUUUGGUAGCCCAACAACAGGGCCUGAAGGCGGUAAACUAAUACCAAUCAAACUUAUCACUGACACCUAUCCAACCACCUGCUCAAUACCACAGGGAAUCGAAUGCCGUGCAAAACAUUAUCCUGGACUUCCUGUUUCAAAGCUUGGCCAGGCAGUGAAAUGUAAUCUAAAAGAUGGACUUGUUUGCCUAAAUAAAAAACAAAAUAUUACCCAGCAGUGCUUUGACUAUGAGAUCAGAUUGUUGUGUUGUCAUCGAGACUGUGUUAGCACAUCUCUACCAGCAGCAUUGGCUCUAGCUUUACACAAUUCCUCUGCUAGUGUUAGCACAACCACUUUACCCACAACAAGAGCUAUGACAACAACCAUUUCAAAAACUUUUCCUUCUAAAUGUAUUUGCCAGUGGUCAAACUGGAUGGACUUUGGUAGCCCAACAACAGGGCCUGAAGGCGGUAAACUAAUACCAGUCAAACUCAUCACUGACACCUAUCCAACCACCUGCUCAAUACCACAGGGAAUCGAAUGCCGUGCAAAACAUUAUCCUGGACUUCCUGUUUCAAAGCUUGGCCAGGCAGUGAAAUGUAAUCUAAAAGAUGGACUUGUUUGCCUAAAUAAAAAACAAAAUAUUACCCAGCAGUGCUUUGACUACGAGAUGAGAUUGUUGUGUUGUCAUCGAGACUGUCUUAGUGCAUCUCUACCGGCAGCAUUGACUCUAGCUUUACAAAAUUCCUCCACAAGUCUAAGUACAACCACUGUACCCACAACAAGAGCUACGACAACCAUUUCAAAAACUUUUCCUUCUAAAUGUAUUUGCCAGUGGUCAAACUGGGUGGACUUUGGUAGCCCAACAACAGGGCCUGAAGGCGGUAAACUAAUACCAGUCAAACUCAUCACUGACACCUAUCCAACCACCUGCUCAAUACCACAGGGAAUCGAAUGCCGUGCAAAACAUUAUCCUGGACUUCCUGUUUCAAAGCUUGGCCAGGCAGUGAAAUGUAAUCUAAAAGAUGGACUUGUUUGCCUAAAUAAAAAACAAAAUAUUACCCAGCAGUGCUUUGACUACGAGAUGAGAUUGUUGUGUUGUCAUCGAGACUGUCUUAGUGCAUCUCUACCGGCAGCAUUGACUCUAGCUUUACAAAAUUCCUCCACAAAUCUAAGCACAACCACUGUACCCACAACAAGAGCUACGACUACAACCAUUUUUAAAACAUUUCCUUCUAAAUGUAUUUGCCAGUGGUCAAACUGGGUGGACUAUGGCAGCCCAACAUCAGGGCCUGAAGGUGGUAAAUUAAUACCAGUCAGACUCAUCACUGACACCUAUCCAACCACCUGUUCAAUACCACAGGGAAUUGAAUGCCGUGCAAAAGAUUAUCCUGGACUUCCUGUUUCAAAGCUUGGACAAGCAGUAAAGUGUAAUCUUAAAGAUGGACUUGUUUGCCUAAAUAAAAAACAAAACAUUACCCAGCAGUGCUUUGACUAUGAGAUGAGAUUGUUGUGUUGUCAUCGAGACUGUGUUAGCGCAACUCUACAAGCAGCAUUGACUCUAGCUUUACUCAAUUCCUCCACAAGUGUAAGCACAACCACAGUACCCCCGACAAGAGCUAUGACUACAACUAUUUCAAAAGCAUUUCCUUCUAAAUGUAUUUGCCAGUGGUCAAACUGGGUGGACUAUGGCAGCCCAACAUCAGGGCCUGAAGGUGGUAAAUUAAUACCAGUCAGACUCAUCACUGACACCUAUCCAACCACCUGUUCAAUACCACAGGGAAUUGAAUGCCGUGCAAAAGAUUAUCCUGGACUUCCUGUUUCAAAGCUUGGACAAGCAGUAAAGUGUAAUCUUAAAGAUGGACUUGUUUGCCUAAAUAAAAAACAAAACAUUACCCAGCAGUGCUUUGACUAUGAGAUGAGAUUGUUGUGUUGUCAUCGAGACUGUGUUAGCGCAACUCUACAAGCAGCAUUGACUCUAGCUUUACUCAAUUCCUCCACAAGUGUAAGCACAACCACAGUACCCCCGACAAGAGCUAUGACUACAACUAUUUCAAAAGCAUUUCCUUCUAAAUGUAUUUGCCAGUGGUCAGACUGGAUGGACUUUGGCAGCCCAACAACAGGGCCUAAAGGUGGUGAAAAUGUACCUAUAAAACAAAUAACGAGCACAUAUCUUAACAUCUGCUCUGCUCCAACUAAGGUUGAAUGCCAUGCAAAACUUUACCCUGGACUAUUACUUUCACAACUGGGCCAGGUAGUAACGUGCAAUUCUGAAGAUGGACUAGUUUGUUUAAACAAGAACCAAGGUGUUACACAGCAAUGUUUUGAUUAUGAGAUUAAAGUAUUAUGUUGUCAUGGAUUGUGUGAAAUAUCAUCAAAAAUAUCACAAAUAGAUCAGAAUUUUUCCCACAGCAGACAUAUUACCACACCAAGUUUGCCAAUUAUAACAGGUUCAUCAAGAGGUCACAUCACUGCACGUCAAGAUUGCGUCUGUGAAAUUUAUGGCAAUACGUUUAAGCCAGAAUCAGAAAUUUACAAUAAAACUGAUGGUGAUGGAUGGUGUUACAUUGCAAAAUGUGUCAAAACAGAAGAGAAAAAGUGUGAUGUGAUAAAAUUAUCACAACCCUGUUUAACAACAGUAUUGCCCUCAGGUCACAAGUGUGAUAAAUAUAUGCCUCCCCUUACAGAUGGUGAAUCAAUUCAUGUUGGAAAUUGCUAUAUAGGCACAUGCAUAAAUGGUACAAUAGAGCAUAAACCAGUACAUUGUGAUCCUGUAGAGUAUCCUGUGUGUGAGAACAAAUUUUCACCACUAAAAGUUGCUGACAAGUAUGGAUGCUGUUUUAAAUAUGAGUGCCAAUGUGUCUGCAGCGGCUUUUUCAACCUACAUUAUAUCACGUUUGAUGGAACAUAUUACCCUUUUCAAGGAAACUCCUCUUAUGUGCUUGUGCAAGAAAAAGAUACGAAGUAUAGUUUUAGUGUUGUAGUUGAUAAUAUCUGUGAUUUUGAAGAUGGUCUUUCCUGUCCCAAGGCCCUAAAGGUUCACUACAAAUCUUCUGAGAUCAUCAUGACUCAGAGGAUUUCUGGUGGAAUUGCAAUGAAUUUGAUUUAUGUAAACCACAAGAAAGUCAAGUUGCCAUUUCAAAUGAUAGAUGUCCAUGCCACAGAGAAUGAUAAAGAGUCUCUUGUAGUCAUAUCUGAGAUUGGUGCACAGAUCUCUUUUACCGGCACAAUGUUUUCCAUCAACCUCCCAUGGCAGAAGUUCCAUGGUAACACAGAAGGCCAUUGUGGUGUAUGUGAUAAUAACCAAACAAAUGAUUGUCGCUUGCCAAAUGGCACCGUUAUAUCAUCUUGCCAAGACAUGGCUCCAUAUUGGAAUGUUCACAACAACAACAACAACAACAACCUUCUGUCAUCAAGACAUGAGUCCACGUCAGUGCCAUGCCCUUCUUCUGCAAUAUGCAAAAUCAUUGAACACAAGCUCUUUGAGAAAUGCCAUAAGUUCGUCCCUCCUGAGCCCUAUGUGUCAGCAUGUAACAUUGAUGUGUGUAACAUGAACAACGAAACAGUUGGCUGUGCCACGCUGCAGGCCUAUGCUAAGAAAUGUGCUAUGGUAGGAGUAUGUGUAGACUGGAGAGAUGCUACCAAUGGAGUGUGUGAUUUUAAGUGUAAAAUGCCACAGAUAUAUGUAGCAUGUGGUCCUCAAGUGGAACCAGCCUGUAAUGGAAGAUUUAAUCUAAAAUAUUUACAUGGCAGUAAUGAAUUCAAUCAUUUGAAAUCCAUGCUAAGAGAGGGAUGUUACUGCCCAAGUGGUACUACACUUUUGCGACAUAAUUCUAAUAUCUGUGUUCCAAGCUGUGGUUAUAAGGACUAUCAGAAAAAUGGGGUCGCUAUCUGAGGUUUGCAGUUCCCCUGCCGAACACCAUUCAGCACCGAUUCAGAUUUCAUCAACACACCAGCAUGAGAACCAGCACCAUUUCAGUAAAAAAAGGGAUAAAAGAAUGGUUACACCUAAAUCAAAAAGUUACUAUUAAAUGUUAAAUGUUUAUUUUUUUAAAUGUUUUAAAUGUAGGUAAUAUAUAAAUUAAUAAAAAGUAUAUAAAAAUUGCUGUAUUUAGAAGUGUAUUCAUACAAUAUAAAGGACAUAUUGCGUAAACGUAGUGGAGUUGUAUUCAAAAUUGAAUAGAUUGAAUAAAUGUAGAAAUAAAAUAGUUGUGAUCUAUGAAUAAUUCUAACAUCCAACUUGCUUUCUCUCAAUCUCUAACAGUCAUCACUGUAUCAAUAUCUGGUGUGAGAUUGUUCUUUAAAGCUACGCUAUGUAACUUUGACAAAAAAUGUUAUGUCAAAAUUGUAUUAACUGCUGCUAUUAUUGUCUUAUAAUAUUAUUAAAAAGGAAGGUUGUCAAACUACAAUAUUAAAGUUGGCAUGAAACUGAA